AUGAUUCGUGCCAAGUUACAGGAUGCCGAGAUUCAGAAAGGUAAAAAACAUGGUGUGAUGGAGUGGCUGAAACAGCUAAAAGAUGUGGUUGGUGAAGCUGAUGAUGUGGUGGAUGAGGUUCACUAUGAAAUGUUGAGGCGUGAGGUAAAGAAUCGAGAUCGGGUGGCAAUAAAGGUACCCUCUCUCCCAAGCUUGAAAAAGCUUUUCUUUCGUAGUGAAAUGGGUCAUAAAAUCAAAAACAUCAACGAAAAGUUGUCUCAAAUCAAUAAACAAGCAAACGAGUUGGGACUACAAAAUGAACAGCCUGGCCCUGCUGUUCGAGAUCGUCCCUACCCGGAGACAGAUCCAAAUUUAGGCGAAUUCAAAGUUGUUGGGAGGGAGGAUGAUGAAGAGCGCAUCAUACACCUUUUAACGGAGUCCAGAAAAGAAGAAAAGCUUACGAUUGUUCCGAUUGUGGGAAUGGGCGGGAUGGGGAAGACCACUCUGGCUAAGUCCGUAUACAAUAAGCCAAAAAUCCAGCAACAUUUUGAUGUGAAAGCUUGGUUGUGUGUGUCGGUUAAGGUUGAUAUCAACACACUUCUCGUAAAGAUCUAUGAAUCUGUUGCAGGAGAGAAACCUAAGUUGGAAACAAUGGUCAAUUUAGUUCGAGAUCUUGAAGAGAAGUUGGGCUCAAAAAGAUAUUUGCUAGUCCUGGAUGAUGUCUGGGAUGAACAGAGAUUAUAUUGGGAAGACUUUAGGAGUGUUAUGAUAAAUGUGAAGUCCCAAAUUGGAAGUAGCAUUCUUGUUACUACCCGGAAACUUGACAUCGGAACUAAGGCUAUGGCGAUGGAUUCAUGUCCUUUAAAAGGUCUUUCUAGUGAUCAUUGUUGGUACAUCUUUAAAGAGAGAUCGUUUCUACCAGGUCAAUCACCACUAACCGAAUUGGAGGAGAUAGGGCGUGAUAUUGUGAAAAAGUGUCGUGGUUUACCGUUGCUAGUAAAGGUAAUAGGAGGCAUGUUGCAAAAUUACAGUGACCCAGAAAAGUGGUUGUCCAUCAAAAAUAGCAAAGUCUGGGAUCUAGAAGAUGAAAGGGAUAGAGUUGAAAAAAGCUUGCAACUAAGCUUUGAUAAUCUUCCUAAUUCUAUGGCUAAGCAAUGCUUUGCAUAUUGUUCCAUCUUUAAGAAAGAUACACUCAUGGAAAGGGAAGAACUGAUCCAACUUUGGAUGGCUUUUGGGUUGGUUCAAGCAGAUGAGGAAAAAGACAAGGAGGUGGAGGAUGUGGGAAAUGAUAUUUUUCAAAUUUUGGUUAGCAAUUCAUUGUUCCAAGAUGUUGAAAGGGAUGAGUAUGGUCACAUCACUUGUUGUAGCAUGCAUGAUCUGGUGCAUGAUCUUUCAUUAUCACUUUCGAAACAUGAAAGCUUAUGUCUGGUGGAUGCGAUAAAUGAUGACAUUGCAUGUAUCCCUCAGGUUAAACAUCUCGCUUUUUACCAAGAACAGAACUACAAAUUGGCAGCGGAGGUUUUUAUGUUCAUUGAAAGGAAGACGGUGGCUAGAACUUUGCAUACAUUGUUCAUCAAAGGUGAAGUUGGGAAGAAGUUUUCAUUUCAACGAUUAAAGUGCAUACGCAUCCUAAAACUCAACGGAGAUAGUAUUGAGAAGUUAGACAAUUCAAUUGGAGAGUUGGUGCAUCUUAGGUAUCUUGAUUUGUCAAAGACGGAUAUUAGUGUUCUUCCUAAAUCUAUUGGUAAACUAUACCACUUACAAACUCUGAAGUUGCAAAAUUGCUAUCAUGUUAACAAGUUUCCAAAAACCAUGAGAAAUUUGAUAAGCCUGCGAUAUUUCAUUUAUGACGAAAGCAUUCCCUCCAAUAUUGUGGGACAAUGGACUCUUAUCCGAAAAUUGCCUUCCGUCAAAGUGCUUAGAAGGAAGGGACAUGGUAUUGAAGAGCUACGCCAUUUGAAUAACCUUACUGGAAAGCUCUGUAUUGUCGAUCUAGAAAAUGUUAGGAGCAAAGAGGAUGCUGUCAAGGCAGAUUUAUCGAGAAAGAAAAAUUUAUACGAUAUUGAGUUCAAUUGGAGUGAGAAUGAUCAAGGCUCCAACAGAGUUGUUGACAAGGAUGUAUUGGAAGGCUUGCAGCCCCCUGGAGGUGUUAAAAUAUUGAAAAUUAUAAAUUUUUGUGGUGAUAAUUUUCCAGAUUGGGUAACGAAGAUGGCAAUCCAUAUCGAAGGGAAAAGGACUCCCCUUGACAAGCUGGUGGAGAUCAGAUUAUAUGGAUGUAGCAGCUGCCUCUCUUUUCCGACCCUUGAGCACCUUCCACAUCUUCGGGAUCUUUGGUUGGGGGGUAUGGACAGCUUGACAUGCUUAAGGAGUUCCAAUGUUACCGGAUCAAACAAGCCUUUGUCUCCAUCGUUGAGAUCGCUCUGGUUAAUGGGUAUGAAAAGGCUGGAAAAGUGGAUAGAUGGAGAACCCAACAGCUCAAAAAUGAUAUCCCCUGUCCUUGAGAAGUUGGUCAUUUGGAGGUGCCCAAAGAUUAUUCUCUUAGAUGAAUGCCAUCCCCACCCUCUUGUUUCCUUAAUUAUCCAGAACUGCCCUGGUCUGGCGAGCUGCCUCUCUCUUCCAACGCUUGAGAACCUGCCACAUCUUCGGGAUCUUGAGUUGGAGGAUAUAGACAGCUUGACAUUCUUAAGUAGUCCCGAUGUUACUGGAUUAAAAAAGCCUUUGUCUCCAUCGUUAAGAUCGCUGAAACUAUCGCGUAUGUUCAGCCUGGAAAAGUGGAUAGAUGGAGCAACCAAUAGCUCAACAAUGAUAUCGCCUGUCCUCGAGAAGUUGGAAAUCAAUGAUUGCCCAAAGAUUAUUCUCUUAGAUGAAUGUCAUCCCCAUCCUCUUGUUUCCUUAGAAAUUAGAGCCUGCACAGGUCUGGUGUCUAUUAAGAGCAUACAAGGCCUCACAUCUCUUGAAUCUUUAAAAAUUGCCAUGUGUCCUAGUCUCUCAGAAAUAACCAAUUUACUCAACCAGUGUCAUUCUUUGAAUACUUUGCAAAUUAGCAACUGCAGCAAACUGACUUCCUUGCCUCACAAAAUGUUUGACUGUUUUGCCUUCUUAAAUGAGUUGAGAGUUGGUCUGUUCUCAAAGGAGCUCGAUUCUUUCCCGAGUCUCCAAGGCAUCGAGAAGUUAAGGGACCACCUUCACUCGUUAGAAUUGAGAGGUUGGGAUCAUUGGGAGUCGAUACCUGAAGCAAUACAACACCUCACCUCACUCAAUGGGUUAGAAAUAGAUGGAUUCGGAAUACAAGAGCUGCCUAUGUGGUUAACCAACAUGCCAUCUAUCCGACAUUUGAACUUUAAUGAAUGCAAGGGGCUAAAUAAAGAAACAGUUAGACGGGGAGCACCACAGGAAGCAACUGAUGUCACACUAAAUAAUGAAGAAUGUUAA